AUCCUUUACUUCACAAAAACACAUCCACCACACAACCAAACCCUAAAACAUUUUCAACAAUGGCAAAAAUCUCAUCAUCCACUCUAGCUUUGUUCGCAGCUUUAAUGUUGGUGGCUCAUGCAGUUGCUUUCCGAACCACGAUCACCACUGUAGAAACUGACGAUGUUGAAAACUACAGCCGAUCAGGUUCCGAACAGGAAUGCAGGCGACAGAGACAGGACCUGAACCACUGCAGAAUGUACAUGAGGGAGAAGAUGCACGGACGGUUUGAGGAAGAAGAUGAGAUCGAGAACUACAGCCAACAUCUGGAUCAGUGCUGUAGCCAGUUGAGGAAUGUCAACGAGAGGUGUCGUUGCCCCGCGUUGGAGAUGGAGAUUCAGAAGGAGCAGGGUCAGGAUAAGCAGAGGAUGAUGGAGAGUGCUAGGAAUAUUCCAUCUAUGUGUGGCAUGCAGCCUAGAACUUGCCAAUUCCACUCUCGUUACUAUUGAAGAUAAAUAGUGAGAGAAAAAUGCACAUUAUCGUGUGCUUUUGGGAUGUACUUUGUUAGGUUUUAUGUUUUGUAACUUAAAAAGGAGUUUAUUAAGGCUCUUUUCUUUAAUAAAAUGGUUACUUGUUGUU